GCAACACGAAAAAAAAAGGCCUUUCACGUCACCCCAAACUAGCGUUUCUCUCGUUCAUUGUUUGCGGCGGGAGUCUUUGUGCUACAUUAGGCCGUAUGUGCGAUCUGACAGGCACGACAUGGUCCCGAGCUUCAGAAGCCUACUUACAAUGGCCUAUUCUUGGUCUUUCAAGCAAAGCUGUCCAUCUCUGGAAAUCUCCAAUUCGAACAGCGGAAGAUAUAUAUACGCGUGAGAUAUAGUAACUGCUGUUACUUUAACUUUCCCAUCAUACGCAGAGCACAAUCCGCAUGGCGCAACCUACACUGAGGGAUUUUCUCCACUUGGGCGCCAAUCAGACUUAUUCUUGCCACGCUCUCUUUCAUCGCUUACAGUCAACCCAUUCCACAUUACGCGCUCUAGGGAUUCCAAGGGAUGGGCACGUACGCCCACAGUCCAUUGCGCCUGACAACGUCGUGACGCUCCAUAUCGACCAGCCUACCAACCUCGAGCAAGACUCGUAUUUUCCCCAUGUCCUCAAUAGACUCAAGGAUGAACGUGUUCUUAUAACCAAAAUCCUGAUGGGCCAAACGAACUGGUACAGCUUCCGACCCCCAUCGUCAUUAGACCUUUCCGGGUUUAUCCACAUCACUCAUCUGGUUAUCCACAGCAGUAUUUUCAGCGAAAAUCACUUGUGCUCCCUUCUGAGCUCCUUGCUCAGUCUGCGCACUGUGGAGCUCCAUAAUAACUUGAUGCAGGAUUAUCGUAAUAAUCAAGUUGCCAGUACCCUUGUUGAACGACCUAACAUCAGGGCACUUGCCUUAACUAUGGGUAACGAUACCUGUUGGACCUUGUUGGAUCUUUUUACGAGCGACCGUUCUCCUGUAGAGCCGCAUACCUUUGAGCGGCUUGAACUUCGACGCCCAAGAAGUCUCGCUUCCGGCGACGGUAGCCUCUCUCGAAGGAUGUCGGCCCUUUUGAAGCUGAUGCAAUUCCCCUUUGCACUUGAUAUGGACGAUUUCAACAUAACUCUGCCUAUGUCACCCAUGCUUAACUUGGAAAACAUCAAAGAACUUACAAUCACCCUCUGCGCGUUAAACAACUACUACGAUUUCAGCUAUCAGACACUCGUGUGGUGGACGGAGACGCUCAGGAAUAUCCCAGGAUGGACUAAGCUGUGCACGAUCACGAUCAAAGUAGAGCUUGGGCCCCCGGCUGCUGUGAAUGCGCCGCACCCCCAUGACCUCGCACAGUGGGCAGCCUUUGAUGAAGCUCUAUGUCGUAUCGAGAUCUCCAGUGGCUUGGAACAUUUGCGUUACAAGGUCGUUCCCAGGUCUGGAUACGCAGGACAUCCCAGUUAUGAUUGCGAUACCAUGAGGCGCUGGUUGUGCUUGAGAUGUCUCCCAAGGGCGCGCAUUUUCUAUACUGCAUCAGAAGACUGCGACUUUCGGGUCCUGGACUGGGCGAAUCGAGAGGUUGAUAUGAGUGGAAUUAUGUAAGGAGCUGAAAGAAUGAUGUUACACGCCUCAGAUAUAUUACUAUUACUAUCACUAUCUUUCCCAGUACCUGUAUUGCGGAAAGGAAUUAUGUAAAUAGUGAUGAAUGCCGUCGUACGCGUAGAGUUCUAGAGUUGACUCGGACAUUUCUGUUUUCUUCAUGGUAACCGGAUUG